AUGUCCAACCUCGCAAAUACACUCUCUAGACGCCUCCAUGCCCGCGCUAUCUCACUGUCUGUCAUACCCACGCAACACGCGGUGUUCUCCAAAUCUCUCAACAUCGACGCCUUGAAGCAGCGAGCAGCAGACUGGGAGCCAAUGCUAUCUCUUGCGCGCCUCAAGACCGCAUCCAAAUGCAACGAUGGCACAGACGUAGCGCACAUGGGCAUGUACUCGACUUUCGACCCCGGCGCUACACACCCGCUGCUGUUAUCAAGCGCGUUGCCGAUGUCUUUGGCAGGGAGUAUGUCGAUGGAUCGGCGCAGCAGUGUCAGAGUGAGUCUGAAGUUUCAGACCAUCUUAAUCGCCUCCAGCCUUCACCACAACACUGAGGUCCAGCAAAGCGUUCCAGUGCCUGCUGUUGGGAAUCUCAAGCCCUGGCCGUACUCGCUGCCAAGGGUGCUGCGGCCGCAAGUUGGUACGACGUAUGAUUUGACGUACGGCGAUAGUGCUGGUGGUGGAAGGGCUGGAGACGUGAUGGUCGGGGUGCUACAGAAGGUGUUGUAUGGUAUUCCUGAGCCUGAUGGAGUAGGGGAGCAGAAUGAAGAUGCGGCGAAUAGCUUAUGGCAGAAGGUGCUGCAUGGGGCGCAGGAGGAAGGAGGAGAAGAGGGAAAGGCUGGAUGUUGA